CCCAUUUUUUUUGUAUAAUUUAGUAAUAUUUCGAAAAAUCCACCUAAAGUUUGGAAUCUCUGCGUAAUCUCAAUCCUUAAUGUGUUCAUAUACGAGUAGGGUUUUGUUUUCCGGUUUUUGGGUUUGCAUUUGAUCCUACAAAAACCAAGUUCUUCUGCAAAUGUAGUUUCUUUGCAUUAGUAUUAUAUUAUCUGUCUUCUCUCUUCUUCCUCUCUGGAUCUGGAUUUUCAUAAAUUUGUUCGUCAUUUGGUUGUUCCUUUGAGCAUUUCAACUUUAACUUUUUCAUCACCUUAUUUAUUCCUCCAUUUUAUUCUUUUAUUUUAUUUUUUUCGAUUUUAUUUUUUUUUGUGAUUUUUUUUAAGCUCUUCGCUUUCGAAAACAUAUUCUGCCUUUUGGGUUUUCUCAGUUUUCUUAAAUAAAUCAUUAUCCACUCCAUAAACUUCAAUUUUCCAGGCAUCCCUAAUCAUUGUUUGGUGAAAAAACAACCAGAUAAUUAAGUAAAAAAGUUAUAACACCAUGGGUUUUAUAACAGGAGUUCCAAAAGGUUCUUCUUGGCAGCCAAUCAUGACUGCGGACACAACAACUUCAAGUUACUGGAUCAACUGGAGGGUCUUGCUCUGCACGAUAUGGAUAUCGAUUGCGAUGACUCUUUCGGUGAUUCUGGUUUGCAAAUACGAAGAAAGACCGCGCAGUUCAAAGCGCGGUAACAGCGGAGAAAACCAGCAACAAACGUCUGCAGGAACAUUGUUUGAGGAUGAGACUUGGAGACCAUGCCUCAAGGGAAUUCACCCGGCUUGGCUCCUGGCUUUUCGGGUUUUCGCUUUCAUUGUGCUCUUGGUUCUGCUCAUCAUUACCGCUUCCGUGGAUGGAGGCAGCAUUUUUCUCUACUACACACAGUGGACUUUUACUUUGAUCACAAUUUAUUUUGGGCUUGGAUCGUUGCUCUCCAUUCGGGGAUGCUACCGCUACCAUAAGAAAACUGCCGGCGAUAGGGUUGAUAUUUUUGAGGUGGAUACAGAGCAAGGCUCUGCUCAUGUGACUCCUUCACAUGGAGGUUCUUCCAAAGAUUCAAUCAUAGAGAAACCCUCAGGCCCCCAUGUCGAACAACCUCAAGUUCGCCAACUUGCUGGCUUUUCGGGUUAUAUCUUCCAAAUAAUUUUCCAGAUGAAUGCCGGCGCUGUCCUUCUCACGGAUUGUGUCUUCUGGUUCGUACUUGUUCCUUUUCUUACAAUCAAAGACUACAACUUGAAUUUUCUGAUCAUAAAUAUGCACACGAUCAACGCAGUUUUCUUGCUCGCUGAUACCGCGUUGAAUAGCUUGCCAUUUCCCUGGUUCCGAAUCGGAUAUUUCUUCCUGUGGACGAUCGUUUAUGUAGUUUUCCAGUGGCUCUUCCAUGCUUGUGUCAAGCUGUGGUGGCCGUAUCCAUUUCUAGACUUGUCAUCUCCAUAUGCUCCGCUGUGGUACUUGUCGGUCGGUCUACUGCACAUCCCAUGCUACAGCAUUUUUGUUCUGGUAAUGAAGCUCAAAUACCAUCUGUUUUCGACGCGAUACCCUGAAUCGUAUCAAUGCGCGAGGUAGUUCAGGCGUCGAGCUGAAACCAGACAUCGUACAGUAUCCCGAAAGAAAUAUACUUUCGAAAUUCUUCGUAGAAGGAGAGCAAACAGAAGUCCAGAGACCAGAGUUCAGGGUUAUGGAGACAAUGCCUUCAACAGGUUAAAGGAAAUUGUUUGCUUGGUGAUUUAGUUUUGGAUGCUCAAAGCAUUUCCUUAAUCAAUGGCAUAUACUUGUAGGUUGCAACUUGCAACUGCAUACACAUUAGGCAUAUCAGAAGGAAGUUGCAUUAAAUAUAUUCUACCAUUCAAUUAAUCUACUUUUGUAAAUUCCCCACUAAUAAUUUUUUUUUUUUAGCCAAAAUAGUCUUAGAGAUUUGACAUAAUUCCUCGUUCUGGUUCCUGAGGUUUAAAAUCAAUAGAAGUGACCCUUGAAUUUGUCUACCGCCAAUCAUUCUGGUCUUUCCAUGAAGUUGUCCUUGAGUUGGCCAAUUGUAUAUUAAAUUGAGAACAUUUUUGUUAUUCUGAUCCCUAUUUAACAGAGAUUUCUCAAUGGAACGACCAAAUGAUUAACUGUGGUGUGGACAAACUCAGGAGCCAUUUCCAUCUAUUUCAAACCUCAAGGACCAAAUUGAAGAGUUAUGCCAAUCUCAUAAACCAUUUUAGUUCAAAUGCCUUUAUAUACUCAUUCCAAGAGAAUUCCGAUGUGAAGUCGGAACCCAAUGAAACAAUUGAGAAGAUCUGCCCUAUCACCGUUUGUAUAUAAUUAUGUGUCUAUCCUGAUUGUAUACAACCAGUAACACCGAAAUAUCUGCCCCAUAUGACAAUGAUUGACAAGCCGGUUUUACCGCUAACAUUACAACAAACAAAAAGUUGAACUAUAAAUCCAAACAUCCUAGAUUUACCUGAAAUUUACUUGAAACGUGCAAUUUACAUAACAAAGGACCAGCCAAAAAGAAUAUAUCUUCGUCCAACCUCAAGGAUUUAGCUACAACGAUGUUUGGCAUGUCCGGUUUUGAUUAUUCAAUACCAGGUGCAACGAAUACAAUUUCCAUAUUUCAAAUCAAGCAAAAUGAAUCUAUGAUACCAGGAGUGAUUAUAAAGAAGUGCUUGGCAACGAACCCAUUAAAAUGACGUUGUCGCCGUCUUUAUGUUCCCUUGGCUUCUCCGGCUUCGCCUUUGAAAA